CAUUUGAUUCCCGACCCCUCAGUUACGAUACCUCCUUGUUUCUUCUACAUUGCACUUGGUUGGCUACACACCUGCAUGUGUCGUCUUCUUAACAUAUGAUUUCAGUCCAGUUAAUAGAUUAUUCAUAAUAAGAUAUCCUUCAUUCCCUCCUCUUCUGCCGGUUCGUCUUGUUUCAUGAAUUCCGCCAGAUCCCUCUUGCGAUCUUCUGUAGCUCGUAUCUUCCUUAGGCCUAGGCUCAAUCCCAAUUAUAAAUUACAACCCAAUAAUUAUACUAGACUCAUAUCGGUAUCUGCAACCAGAGCUAUGCCUCAAUUCAAGCUGAAAGGUGUAUCCUCCUUGUCACUGCAGCCUGGUGACAAGCAAGAGGUCGAAGUCGAGGGUGUCGAGGGCGGCAAAGUUCUUCUCCUCAAUGCCGGUGGCAAGAUCCAAGCUACGGGACCAAAGUGCACACAUUACGGUGCCCCCCUGGUAAAGGGCGUUUUAACUAAGAGCGGUCGAUUGACUUGCCCGUGGCACGGAGCUUGCUUUAACGGCCAGACUGGUGAUAUCGAGAACGCCCCUGCCUUAGACGCCCUCCCCGUCUUCAAGGUAGUCGAGAAGGAUGGUGCCGUGUAUAUCGAAGGCGAGGAGGCGACGAUCAAAGCCGCGAGACGGAAACCUAACUUCAAGUGCAGUACCAGCGGCGGGACACAGGCUGAUAGAGUUGUCGUAGUUGGCGGCGGUAGCGGGGCAAUCGGUGCCAUCGAAGGUCUAAGGGAAAAGGGGUUCUCUGGCCCUAUUACUAUGAUAUCUAACGAAGGCUAUCUACCCAUCGAUCGAACUAAGCUAUCUAAAGCCUUAAUUACAGAUCACACCAAGAUCCAAUGGAGGGACGAGGAGUGGUUCAAGUCGGGCUCGGUCGAAGUAGUGUAUGACGAAGUUGUCGACGUCGAUCUUGUCAGCAAAGCUGUUACCACCAAGAAUAAGGAGAGAUUUGUAUACUCCAAGCUGAUUUUGGCUACUGGAGGUUCACCGCGGAAUCUACCUAUGCAGGGAUUCAAAGUGCUUGAGAACAUCUUCCUGCUUAGGACGGUUCAUGAUGCAAAGAAGAUUGUGGACGCCAUCGGUGAUAAAGGUAAAAAGAUUGUCGUCAUUGGUAGUAGCUUCAUUGGCAUGGAAGUGGCAAAUGCGACAGCUGCAGAAAAUGAAGUGACGGUAGUUGGUCAAGAAAGCGUUCCACUGGAGAGAGUACUGGGCCAGGAAGUUGGUGCCGGAUUACAGAAAUUAUUGGAAGAGAAAGGGGUCAAAUUCCACAUGUCAGCAGGAGUGGACAAAGCUGAACCGUCUGGCUCGAGUCCAUCCAAAGUGGGCUCGGUGCAUCUGAAGGAUGGCACAACACUCGAAGCCGAUCUGGUCGUGUUAGGUGUUGGUGUCGCACCGUCAACGGGAUAUCUUAGGGAGAACAAGGUGAUCCGAUUAGAAGAAGAUGGAUCGUUAAAGACAGACGAGAACUUCCUCGUGGUAGGACUGAAGGAUGUCUAUGCGAUCGGAGACAUUGCCUCGUACCCUUAUCACGGUCCCGGAGGUCAGGGCAACUACACACGAAUCGAACAUUGGAACGUGGCGCAGAAUCAGGGACGAGUCGUAGCACAUCACAUCGUCAACCCGUCGUUGAAGUCAGACUUCUUCACACCGAUUUUCUGGUCGGCUCUGACGGGACAAUUGCGAUAUUGCGGUAAUUCGAUGCACGGGUGGGACGAGCUUGUCUUGCAGGGGAAUCCGGGAGAAGGCAAAUUUGUGGGAUAUUAUUGCAAAGGCGAGACUGUGGUAGCCAUGGCCAGUAUGGGAGUGGAUCCAGCUAUGGCCAAGUCGGCGGAGCUUAUGAAGAUGGGCGCUAUGCCAUCGAAGACGGAGCUUAAGGGAGGGCUAGACAUUUUGACUGUUGCGCUACCGGCUUAGGGAGCUAGCCGGUAUAGGUAGGCACUGGGGAGCUAGUAUAGGUACCUAGGUACCUACAUACUUAUAGCUAGGUACCUAUGUACUGCAUAAAUGAGGCGAGGCGAACAGCAAGCGUGAAAUGAAUUUGAAGUUAUAAAUAACAAUUAUUUGUUCUUAUCAAGUACGGAUAUAUAUCGAUCUUAGGUACAUGUA